AUGUCUCGCACCAAUUCGCAGCAGCGAAUGUCCAUUCACGAUCUGAUGAACUCCGACGACGGCGCUAUUCGCCAAAGAACCAGCAUCACAAACCUGACUAACGACUUGGACGUCGACAUGAACGGCAAGAAAACAAUGACUCGGUCGCGCAGAAUGUCGUCCGCAACGUCGAGCGACGCCGACGCUUCGUCCUCGAGAAGCCUCAAUUCGUCGUUCCAGGACCACUCACAACCACUGGAGGAGCUAAAGGAAAACAAAGAGCCAAAGGCGACUGGCGGGACCAGAAAGCCAAGACGGUAUGCCGAGAAGCCUGUUUGGGCCAAGGACUAUGUGCCCACAGUGCGAAAGAGCGUCCGCAAGCCUGUGCUCACCACUGCAGCCACUAAGCUCAGUGUAGCGUCGAUUACGGGGACCAUUCCGAGAAACGAUUUCAACAAGGUUGUCACCGAGUGGAUAUGGGCGAACGUGGAGGGCGUGCGCCACGAGUAUGCUUCACGGGAGCCGGUGGACAGGUAUCUUGAGCUGGAGCUGAAAAUGGGCCAUAUCUGGGACAAAGUGAAGGACAAGCGUCUGCGAUUGCCCGUGAACUGCGAGACGAUUUUGAACGUGGACUUUUUCCAGAGCGAGUGUUUUUUCCGCUCUGGCGUGCCGGCCCAGCAGUUCCACGAUCUCAAAGCGUUCAUUGCCAAGCUUGCACAGGAAAAAAACCAUAACAGAGGCAACCGGUUUGUGGUGGAAAAUUCGCACUGCGUGGACCUGAUUGCGCACGAAAGAAAGCGCAACGAGAAACCGUCGACGGGCCGUGUGUCUGUGGAUGUCAAGACCAAGAGACGCAUGACCAGUGUGCACAAGCAGAGGGUAGCCGACCUGGUGAUGUAUCUUCCAAACUCGCUUUACGACAUCCGGUUGUCGAUGUCGCUGGAAUUGCCGUACGAGAUGAACGACGCCGCGUUUGAGAGCUUCCAGCAACGGGUUGAACUGCGUCGCGACAAGGAGCGUGUGAGUUACACGCAUCCGGCCACGUUCACCAAGAUCGACAUGACCAAGGUGAAGGAGAACGGGACCGUGAAGCAUGAGGUGGAGCUGGAGCUGGACGUAAGAGAGCUUCUCAGAAGUAUGGCCAAGGUGGCCGAGGACCCAUUGUACUACAUCGACUUGGUCCAGGCGUUUUUGGACAACGGGCGCAUAAUAAGUAGACAGCUUAGUAUACAGGACUGA